AUGGACGGAUUCCUUACGGAGCGGGCGCUCAUGACGGGAAAAAGAUUCGGGUUCUCAGAUCUCAACAGUUUAGCACAGGGCGAACCUUCCCAACUUCUGGGCCUAAAAACGUCAAAUUCUUCUUCUGUUUUCCCAACCAACGGAACGACCGUUUCAUCGGGCAGUCCAACUCAAAUUAUUCCCGUUACACAAUCAGGAAAUGGAACUUCUGCCCUUUCAGUCCUAACGCCCACAUCCAUAACUUCUGCAGUUCAGUCUCAAAAUACCACUUUGCUCCCCACUUCAACGGCAACCAAUCCUUCCUCCCAACCUACUCAGUCUAUUGACCCAACUACCUUAGACGAGAUCCAUACCCUGCAAUCGCGAAGACUUAGCUCCAUUAUUGGAGCAGCUGCAUCUCCGAAUCAAAUUCCAGCUUGGCUGUCAACUCUCGGGAGCGAUGGAAAAUGGCCAGAUAACGAAGUAGAUUACACUACAGGAUGCCCUGCGCGUCGUGCAAAUUGGCCAGCUCAAACGCACUGGCAACGCAUUCUCGUCAUGGCUGCUGCUUGGCAUGGGGGUCUGGCUGGCGGAGACCAAUUUGUACAGGACAGUACUCUUAGGGCCGCAAUUUCGAGUGCUAUGGAUUAUUGGUUUGGCAGAGACUUCACAAAUCCGGCCUGCCUGGACUCAGGAGGCACGCCUGCAUGCCCUUGUGACAACCCUGAUAAUAGUUUAUGGAACACCAAUUGGUUCUCAAACAUCAUAUUAAUCCCGGAGCUUGUGAGCCAGACGUGUCUUCUCCUCAACGACACCCUUGCCGAGACUCAACUCAAUAACUGCACCCACAUGACUGGACGCACAUAUGCAACUUUCGACACCAGUAUCAAUGGUGUGGGCACCUUAACGGGGGCCAACGCUCUUGAUGUCGCCAAAAUUGGAAUUGACCAGGGCCUGUUGACUUACAAUGUCUCGCUGCUUACGGAUGCAUAUCGACGAGUGCAUCUAGAGCUCCAAAUAAAAAAUGGGAUCAAAGCGGACGGGAUUCGGGCAGAUGGAUCUUUUGGACAGCACAGUGGCAUGCUUUACAAUGGAAAUUACGGUGUCACUAAUGAUCUCCUUGACCUUGAAGUUGAGGCGGGAGGAACUCAAUUCGCAGCAAACUCUGAUUCUCAGGAUGCAUUUGCAACGCUUUUCGACGGUGAUCGAUGGAUGAUUUUCCGAAACUCAAUAACGGGAGUGCUCCACUGGGAUUUUCAAAAUGUCUUUUUAAUUUUUGUGUUUUUAUUCAUUACCCGCAGAGCAACUGGUAGCAUCAAAAUAAACUUGACGGAAGUACUUGAAUUAGGCAAUCAAUGGUCGUCCGAUUCUUUGAUCAACUUCGCGAACAGUUUGAAUGCGCCCACCGAUAAUGCCAAUGCUGGUCAACUGCAAGGUAAUCGCAUGUUUUAUGCUAACGAUUAUAUGGUCCAACGAGGCAAGAAUUAUGUGACAACCUUCAAAAUGUUUUCUUCGCGGACACAGAACACAGAGUGUACCAAUCUGCAAAAUCCCGAAGGUUUCCACUUGUCUGAUGGUGUAUUGUACACAUACCUUGCUGGCAACGAAUACGAGGACAUAGCAGCAGCGUGGGAUUGGAAUCUCAUCCCUGGUAUUACAGUCGACUAUGGCGCAACACCACUUGUCUGUGGAACGACCCAACAAACAGGAAUUGAAAGCUUUGUGGGAGGUGCUUCUGACGAUACCAUCGGAAUUGCUGCCCUAAGAUACACCAACCCUCUCACCCGAUCUCUUCACUUCCAAAAGGCUGUAUUUUUCCUCGACAACGAUGUCCAACACAUCAUGAUAUCGAACAUAACUUCCCAGACAAAUGCUCCCGUAUAUACCGUUCUUGACCAAAAACGGUUCGACGGGAACAUCAUGGUGAAUGGAGUAGCAAGUCAAUCCAUGUCCAAGGCACAAGUCCAAACGUUGUGGCAUGGCAAUGUCGGGUACACCUUCCCAGAUUUCAACGGUACUGCAAGUGUGUCGGUCCAAUUUGGCGAAAAGUCCGGAAACUGGUCAACCAUUGGUACAUCGACCCAACCGCCCAUCACGGUCAAUUUAUUCGCAGCCUGGAUCGAACACGAAUCUUUGCUUUCGUCAAUAGAGUAUACGGCAUUCCCUGGUACCACCCAAAAGCAAUUCAAGCAAAAAACCAAUGAACUGAAACUCCAGACAAUUCAAAACGACGGCGUCAUUUCAGCGCUGUUCGACGAACCCAACCAAACCUUCAUGGCAGUCUUUUGGGUAGAAGCAGGAGGUUCAGUAACCUUCGCACCUGGAAAAAAGGCGGCGCCUGUUACCGUGGAGACAUCGGGAAACAUUGCCCUGAUCUACAGACUCGACACUGGAGAGGUAACAAUUUCUGACCCUUCACAAUCAAUCAUAGCGGCACAAGUAUCACUUGCCUUGGGGGUUGGGAAAAAACCUAAGCAUUGGGGUGCUGGAUUGAUAAAGACAAUGGUGUUCCAACUCCCGAUGGAUGGAUUGGCGGGUAGUAGUGUAACUCAAACGUUUAACUGA